UCACCUCGCACGCUCGCUUCCAAGAUGGCCGCGCGGGGAUCGCUGCGCUUGUAGUGUACCGAUUACCGGCGGAAGCUUCUGGCUGGCCGGAGUCUGAGGAGAGCGGAUCAUUUUCAUGAGUGGAAGUAGCCGUGAUGAAGGAAAAUAAGGAGAAUUCCAGCCCCUCUGUGGGGUCCAGCACGUUGGACCAUGCCAAGCCCUGCUGGUAUUGGGAUAAAAAGGAUUUGGCUCACACCCCUUCUCAGCAGGAAGGCCUGGACCCGGCCACUGAAGCCAGAUACAGAAGGGAGGGAGCUCGGUUCAUCUUCGAUGUCGGGACUCGGCUCGGCCUACAUUAUGACACGCUAGCUACUGGGAUUAUAUAUUUUCAUCGAUUCUAUAUGUUUCAUUCUUUUAAACAAUUUGCAAGAUAUGUAACCGGUGCCUGCUGCCUGUUCCUGGCGGGUAAGGUGGAAGAAACCCCCAAGAAAUGUAAAGAUAUUAUAAAGACCGCUCGCAGCUUGUUAAACGAUGUGCAGUUUGGACAGUUUGGGGACGAUCCAAAGGAAGAAGUCAUGGUUCUGGAAAGGAUUCUUCUGCAGACCAUCAAGUUUGACUUACAAGUAGAACACCCCUAUCAAUUUCUUCUGAAGUAUGCCAAGCAACUGAAAGGUAGAGGAGACAAGAACAAAAUCCAGAAGUUGGUGCAGAUGGCAUGGACAUUUGUUAAUGACAGCCUCUGCACUACGCUGUCCUUGCAGUGGGAGCCGGAAAUCAUUGCAGUAGCAGUCAUGUAUCUUGCUGGAAGAUUGUGCAAAUUUGAAAUACAAGAAUGGACGUCAAAGCCGAUGUACAGGAGGUGGUGGGAGCAGUUUGUCCAGGAUGUGCCAGUCGAUGUUCUUGAAGACAUCUGUCACCAGAUCCUGGACUUGUACUCUCAAGGAAAACAGCAGAUGCCACACCAUGCCUCCCAGCAGCCUUCGCCCCAAGUACAAGCACAGAUUGCCGCUGUACAGCCUCUGCUGUCACAGAACUCCGACACCCAAGCAGCUCAGACGAAGGACCCGCUGCAACAACAAUCGGCUGGACAACCAGCUAAGAAACCCUCUCCACAGUCCAGCCCACCAAAACAGACCAAGAGGCCUCUGCCUUCGUCACCCAAAGAAGAGGGAAAAACGCAGGAGCAACCAUUAAGUAAAAUGCCUAAAAUUGAGACUUCUCACCCACCAUUACCGCCUGUCCAUACCCCAUCAGAGCGAAAACCUCCUCUGGCGCCUGGAAUUGUAGCAGUAGAGGGAGAGCCCACCAGUGUUUCAGAAACCACCGAUUUAGCAAAACUCCCAAUUCCUCCGCCUGCUCUUCCUACCGCUGUCCAUCAGCCACCUCCUCUACCACACCGACCGCCUCCACCACCUGCUAGUUACAUUACUGGCAUGUCUACAACCAGCUCCUACAUGUCUGGCGAAGGGUACCAGAGCCUCCAGUCUAUGAUGAAGACAGAAGCACAAACAUAUGGAACUUUGCCCCCUGCCUACGUCCCGCCUUCUCAUCUACCAUAUCACCCCCAUGUUUAUCCACCUAAUCCUCCGCCAACUGUACCCCCACCCCCAUCUACAUUCCCACCUCCUAACAUUCCUCCUCCGGCUCCAGGCUAUCCCCCACCCCCUACUUACAACCCCAACUUUCCACCUCCUAGACUGCCCCCAACUCACACCGUUCCAAAUCACCCACCACCAGGAAUUGGCUUGCCACCGACGUCCUAUCCUCCUCCUGCUGUACCACCAGGAGGCCAGCCUCCAGUCCCUCCUCCUAUUCCACCACCAGGAAUGCCACCUGUUGCAGGUUUAGGCCGGGCAGCCUGGAUGAGAUAGCAUGGAGCUUCUGCGGUAUGAACCUGAACUCUCAAAAUAAGUAUUGCUCUAAACCGUUUAAAAGCCCAAAUAAAUGCAGACGUGCUUGUUUUAUAAUAUGUAGAUUGUUUUAAACUGCACAGCCCAACAAGUACAAUGGUUUCCC